UAUGUCACAGCCAGUAGUGUUUGGGGCGUGACGAGGGCGGGUGGUUUGCCUUACGUCGUUGCAAAGUGCCGGGACGAAGUUUGUAGUUUUGCGGGAACAAAAUGACGAACCAACACAAAGCCGUCAUUACCGGCAUGUUUGCUGGAGCAGCUGGUCUCUCCCUCCUCCUAGGACGUAGGGUUAUUCUUCAGGCCCUACUUGUAUUAAUAGUAGGAUUUUUAGCUACAGGCAAGCGGUACAGAUGGAUCUACAUUUUAUACAAAACACUUCCGCGAGAUAUAAGGAUAUUGGAGAGAUACAUAGUUGUCACCACUAGAUUGUGGUGGUGGGAAAAGAAGAAACAGACAGUUCCAAAGAUUUUUGUGCAAGUGGCAAGGACAUAUCCAAACAAAGUUGCCUUCCGGUUUGAGAAGAAACUGUGGACAUUUUCCCAGGUGGAUGAAUAUUCAAACAAAGUUGCUAAUUACUUUAGAAGUCAAGGAUUUAAAAGGAAUGACACAAUAGCUCUUAUGAUGGACUCACGACCGGAAUUUGUGUUUAUAUGGCUGGGUCUAGCAAAGAUCGGUGUAGUAACAGCACUCAUAAAUUCUAAUUUACGGAAAGGUCCGCUGAUCCACUGUAUUAAUGCAGCCAAUAGCUCUGGUCUCAUCUAUGGCUCUGAGCUAGCAGAAGCUGUUGAAGAUAUAAUGGGCUCAGUUAGUGCUCUCCGUCUCUACAAGUUGUGUGAAGAUGACAGUCAGCAAAAAUUGCAGUCUUCUGAAGAUCUUGGCACUGCUCUGAAGACUGCAAGUGGGACUCAACCAGUGGAGAUUACAGAAGGCAGCUCUGGUGAUAAGCUUGUCUACAUAUACACGUCGGGUACUACUGGACUUCCAAAAGCAGCUGUUGUCACAAAUCUCAGGUACAUGGUUAUGGCUCUUGGUGUAAACAUGCUGUUAAAAAUCACUCAAGAUGAUGUUGUAUAUGAUCCACUACCAUUGUACCAUACGGCUGGCGGAGCAAUUGGCAUUGGUCAAGCACUUCUAUUUGGUGUCACUGUUACUAUCAGGCGGAAAUUUUCUGCUUCCAAUUAUUGGACUGACUGUAUCCAGAACAACUGCACGGUAGCUCAGUACAUAGGGGAGAUGUGUCGUUACCUAUUGUCUGUACCACCGAAGCCUGAAGAUACUCAACACAAGGUUCGCUUGAUGUUUGGAAAUGGUCUUCGCCCACAGAUAUGGAGAGAAUUCACUAAGAGAUUUGGAAUUAAAAAGAUUGGAGAAUUUUAUGGUGCAACAGAGGGGAACUCAAACAUUGUCAACGUAGAUGGAACAGUUGGUGCUGUUGGCUUUGUUCCUCGAUAUGCAACUGCAGUCUAUCCUGUUAUUUUGAUUAAAGUUGAUGAAGAAACUGGAGAACCUAUUAGAGAUGCUAAUGGUUUCUGCAUUCGAUGUAAUCCUGGGGAACCAGGAUUGUGUAUUGGGAAAAUUGAUCCCAAAAAAGCUGUAAGCAAAUUUAAUGGAUAUGCAGAUAAAAAAGCUUCAGAGAAAAAGAUACUGAGAAAUGUGUUUUCUAUGGGUGACCAGGCUUUCAAUACAGGAGAUAUUCUUGUAAUGGAUGAAUUUGGAUACUUCUAUUUUAAAGACAGGACUGGAGACACCUUUAGGUGGCGUGGAGAGAAUGUUGCAACUUCAGAAGUGGAAGCAGUGAUCAGCAAUAUAGUAGGCUUGAAAGAUGUAGUUGUAUAUGGUGUUGAAAUACCAAAUGUUGAAGGGAAAGCUGGUAUGGCAGCAAUCGUCGAUGACGAGGGUUUGCUCAAUAUCGAAAGUUUUGCAGCUGGAGUAAAGCAGCAUUUGCCACCUUACGCAUGGCCUGUCAUUGUUAGAAUUUUGACACAAUUGCCUAUCACAGGAACAUAUAAACUGAAGAAACGUGAACUGCAAGUAGAGGGAUAUAAUCCAAGCACAGUUAAGGACAGAAUGUACUUCCUGGAUAAGGGUGCCUAUGUGCCUUUAAAUGAAGAGCUCUACAGUAGAAUUGUUAAUGGUGGGGUACGAUUAUGAAGUCUUAUUGUACAAAGUCUAUGUAACAUUCAGUUUAAAAUUGGUUCCUUUACAAUUUGUUUCAAAGUUACAAAGCCCGCGGGAUGUAUUUUGUAAAUACAGACAUUAAAAACUUAAAAUAUA